GGGCAUGUGAACAGGCCAGGCUUGGCCCCACUUGUCCGCCGCCUCGUGUGAGCUCUGGGCCGAUCUGUGGCGGCUCCGGGCCCCGAGGCUGGCGAGCGCGCCGGGUUCGACGACCACGUGGGGCGUGCCAAGAAUGGCCUUGCCUUCGAGGAUCGAACCCAGAGAUCCAACGUCCUGACAAAAUCGCGACGGAGUUUUUUCGCAGUUUUCGGCCUCUAGAGGCCGUCGCCGGGCCCCGGGACCGUCAGAAAACGACUCGGGAUGAGAAACCGGUCCUGGGGAGUGGGUCGAGACUUCCGGGGACCCUGUCUUGAAAAAAUCACGACGUCGGAUCUCUGGGAAGGAGUUGUCAUCGCUUCCGCGGCGGAGGGGCGGCGGAAGUGAGACGAGGCCGCCUCCGCGGGCGGAAGCCGGCGAAGGGGCGGCGGAAGGCGGCGGAUGUAGAAAGCACGACCCCAAGAGAUGAAAACGUUUUUGGGUUCAGGGUUUCCGUAAUCGCCCAUGUGGCGCCUUGGUCUCUGGACAGGUCUUCGGGCAGGUCGCGGGGAAGCGGGAGUUCAUCAACAAGAAGGCGUUCGCCAUGAUCUACAGGUUCGACGGCGACUACGCGAUCGACGGGAGGCCGCUGCUUCUCGCCGUCGACCCGGUGGACUCCCAGCGGUCCUUCCUGGCCACGGGCCUCCGCGUCUGGGACGGCGGCAUUGCGGCAGCGAGGUCCUGGCCAAGUACCUCGAGCACUAUGUGCGGAGGGCCCCGCGGGCCACGGGCCCGGGGCCGACCCCCGGGCGGCUGCGCGGCCUGGAGCUGGGGUGCGGCACAGGCGUCGGGGGCCUCGCGCUCGCCCUCCUGGGGCACGAGGCGGUGCUGAGCGACAUAGGUGACCUUCAGGCCGCUGCCACGCAGUCGAACAUCGACAGGAACAGGGCGCAGAUCGCGGCCGCUGGGGGGGAGGCGACCUACAUGACCCUUGACUGGAGGGGCCUUCCAGCUCGGGCACCGCUGGGGGCGUUCGACCUCGUCGUCGCCGCCGACGUCGUGUGGCACGAGUCGCUCGUCGAGCCGUUCCUCCAGGCGGUCUCGUGGGCCUGCUCCGGCCCGGGGUCCUCGGAGGUGAUCCUGUCGCACAAGGUGCGCGACGAGGAGUCCGUGCAGCUGUGGGAGAGGCUCACCGCCGAGGCGGGCCUGCGCAUCGAGCGGAAGGUGCGCACCGAGGAGGCGGUCGGGGAGGACGGGCAUCCCGAUGUGGUCGUGUACCACUUGCGAAAGGCCGGGUAGGAGCGAGCCUCGCUUCCGCGAGCACCCUGCGUGCCGGCCGCGUGCCCCCUGCCCCCCCUUCCCCUCCGCUCCAUCCCCCCCUCCGCCUCCU